UCGCUGCAUCAGUGAUGAUAAACUCAUGGGAUUACUAUGCCUCGUUCGGGAAAUCAAAGACCUUCUCGGAUAAAUCUUAGACCUCCAAAGAAGGAGACUCCACCACACUCCUUGGUAGCAAAUUCCACUGUCGAACAGCUCUUACUGUCAAUGCUGCCGUGCGCCCUGAGCGUCCUUCUGGCGACCCUCGUAGCCGGAGCCCCGGACGCCGCGCCCCCCUGCGAGUCCGAGAUGAACAAGAUCAAGGACCUGCUCCAGGUGAGCUGCGUGGGGAUGGGGCUGAGCAGCGUCCCCGCCGGGCUGCCCAAGGACACGGGCAUCUUGCUGCUGGGCUCCAACCGCCUGAGCCGCGUCUCGCUGGCCUCCUUCCAGCACCUGAGCGCUUUGGUGGAGCUCGACCUGUCCAACAACAGCCUGACCGCCCUGGACACCGGCGGCGCCUCGCUGCCCGGCCUCCAGCAGCUCGACCUGUCAGUCAACGGCCUGAAGAGCCUGCCCAGCUUGCAGGGGAUGCCCGCGCUGAGGCGCCUGGCCCUGGCGCACAACGCGCUCUCGCAGCUACCGGCGGGGGGAUUGCGAGCCCUGCGCGCCCUGGACGAUCUGGAGCUGCAGGGCAACGGGAUCCAGGAUCUGCCCGAAGGAGCCUUCGAGGGGCUGGAGAAGCUGAAGGACGUGGACCUGGCCGACAACCAGCUGGAGGAGCUGCCCCGAGAGCUGCUGGCCGGGCUAGGCAACCUCGAGAUUCUGCGCCUGGAGAGGAACCGGCUGAAGAGGGUGCCCGACGGCUUCUUCCCCGAGGAGAACUACUUCGCCUACCUGUACCUGGCGGAGAACCCCUGGGUGUGCGACUGCGAGCUGGUCUACCUGCGCGACUACAUCCUGGAGUACGAGACCAGCGUGUAUACUCGCGUGCAAGGUCCCGGGAAGGAGAUCACCGAGAACAAGCCCGAGAGCGUGGAGUGCCAGGCGCCCGCUUCCGAGAAGGGGCGCCCCGUCAUGCACUUCCAGGCGCACUGCGAGGGGCCCGCGGGAGACAGCGACGGGGGCGAAGAGGGCACCUGGGGGGAGAGCACCACGCCAUUAUCCACUGAGCCCCACGCCAUUAUCCACACGACACUGCCCUCCACGAGUGUCCGCACCACACCUUCCACUGCUCCUCCGACCACAAGUGUCCGCACCACACCCUCUACCGCUCCUCCGACCACGAGUGUCCGCACCACACCCUCCACCGCUCCUCCGACCACAAGUGUCCGCACCACACCCUCCACCGCUCCUCCGACCACGAGUGUCCGCACCACACCCUCCACCGCUCCUCCGACCACGAGUGUCCGCACCACACCUUCCACCGCUCCUCCGACCACGAGUGUCCGCACCACACCUUCCACCGCUCCUCCGACCACGAGUGUCCGCACCACACCUUCCACCGCUCCUCCGACCACGAGUGUCCGCACCACGCCUUCCACCGCUCCUCCGACCACGAGUGUCCGCACCACACCUUCCACCGCUCCUCCGACCACGAGUGUCCGCACCACACCCUCCACCGCUGCUCCGACCACGAGUGUCCGCAGCACACCCUCCACCGCUGCUCCAACCACGAGUGUCCGCAGCACACCCUCCACCGCUGCUCCAACCACGAGCAUUGCCACCCUUGCGCCCAGCACCACGGCACCAUCUCCCAGUGUCCCCCCUACGACUCCAAAAAACCUUCCCGGUCCUGUUCUCACCUCCACCCUGGACCCAGUCCCUUCCACAAGUCGCAUGCUGCCCCCAGCAACUCUCCAACCCGCACCCCUUCCGACGGCAAUGGCUGCCGCGCCCUAUCCUCUGCCAAGUGCCACGGCCUUGCCAGCUCUGCCACCUCUCAGCACUUCAGCCCCUGCUCCCAGUCGCUGCCCUCCUCCUGCUGCGCCGGCCGCCCCUUGCCACUGCUCCCUGCUGCCCGCCACAGCCCCGCAGCGGAGUUGGCAGUGGUCUCCCAAGACCUGGGCUGGCAGGCUGGCUGCCCACUGUUGCCUGGUGCGCCUGGUCCUCUACGUUGCCUGCCUGGCACUGGCGCUGCUGCCCACCCUGGCUCUGCUGUGUUGGUUGGUGUGGCUGUAUGCCAGCUGGCAGCGCCCAACCCUGCGAGGUGGGCCGGGGCCCCGGCUGGUCAAGUACCGCCAGCUGCAGAAGGGCGCUCCCAGAGGGUGGCAGCUGGAGGGGCUCGAAGCGCAGAGUCCUCUCGCCAUGUCACGCACCUACCGCGUCUGCAAGGUGUUUGAGGCCGCCCCCUCCCGCUACGUCAGUUGGCUCUUCGUCAGCCUGCCGGGGCCAACGCAAAAGUGGCCCUGGCAACGCAGGCGAGGCCGGGCACCCUCUUCCUAUAGCUUGGAUCGCGGGCAAGACGCCAUUGGGGCUGUGCGGGUGAAGCAGGGCACCGCCACUUUGUAG